AAUCUAUCUUGUUUCUGUGCAAUCCAACCUUAAAUGAUAAAGAACAAUAAAGGGGCAGUAUAUGGAAAUAACUAAUUUCAUAGUCUCUUUUUGUCAGGUGAUGUACCUCAAGGAGAUAUGCCGGUACCUGAACAUCCCUGCCUCCAACCCUCAGAGGCAUGAAAGUAAAAGUAAAAGUUUUUAAACAAAGAAGGUAAAAGUCAGAAGGAAGAGGGUGAACAGGAAGGUGUGGCAUGAGGGAACUACAAGUGAUCUACAACUCAGCAUUUACGUGGGUGUACUGGAGUACGUAAUGGUUUUUCAGGGUAGCCAGAUGUUGGUACAUAAGCUCCACGACAAACAGCUUUCAGCUUUUUUCUUGCUUCGUCAAAGCUGAAUACAUAACUAAAGUGUCACCCAAGGCUAUGGGAUUGAUGGUACUUCAGGAGAAGAUGCUGCUGUCUGCCAGGGAGAUGUAUGUGGUCUGGGAAGCAGAUGGAUUCAGAACCAGGAAUCCUAAUCAUGCUCUGCUGAAGUCUUUCAUGGAACAGGUCACCAAAGCCUACACCACCCCUGAACUUUACAUGCAGAAGAAGUUUCCCUUGUAAAGUCACACACAGGUCACUGUCUGCUCUGGACACGAUUUUGAUAGGCCACUCGCAGGCAGCGAUCCAGUUGAAGAAGCUGAGCGCAAUGUUGGGCCACCUCUCACCAGCCAGCACUGAUCAUGUGAUACAACAUCAAUCCAUGCCUGGCCAGCUUCACAUGGUGAAGUGACAUGACAUGGUGGAGUGCUGGGCUCAUGUCUUGGCCCAGACACUGAAGUAUCCAGCCCUGGGUAAUGUGGUGAAAGGUGCCCUCUCCGUCUUUCAUGGUACCAGGGUUGAGUCUUUGUUUAGCUGGAUGAAUGACAUCAUUGAUACACGAAGCCCCAACAUGAACAUCUCAACGUUCAAUGCAAGACAGACUGAAGUACACCCUGCACUCCAAGCAGAAGACUGCAGUGGAGAUGUUUAAAUGGGAGGAUGCAAGGUUUGGGGAGGUGGACAAAAGGCUCUGCAGAAACAUCAGGUCAGCAGGAACAGUAGACAAGACACAGUGACAGCAGAGUCUGCUGGAAGACUGAAGACGACAUCUCGAGUAUGGCUGUCAGCCAUCUGGAAGUGCUCAGGAGAGCAAGAGGGCGGCAGCUGAAAGGAGAAGAGGUCAAGGCUCAAGCAUGCUGCAAAACAGCGCAAGUGGGCACUUGAAAUACUUGUCCGGGCUAAGAAAAAGAAGGCCUGAGUUGGUAGUGAAGAAACUCCGGUAUUAUGCCCGCUACAUUGUAGUUUGUUUACUUCUGAACAAGAUGGAUCUGGUGAAAGUGCUGGUCAAGGAGCUGUCAGAGGAAAUUGAGGACUAUACGCAGCGAUUCAACACAGAAUAUCAAUUAGAGUGGAAUCUGGUCUUACAGGAAGUGGCAGCUUUUGUGGAGGCAGACCCAGUUGUGGUGCUGAACAAUGAAAAUACUGUGGUCGUCAUAUCCAAUCGGCUGCAGGAGGGGGGCAUGUCUCCGUUGGAACAGGGCAUGGUGGUUGGUCAGCUCACCCUGGCAGAUGCACUAAUCAUUGGCAACUGCAACAACCAGGUGAAGUUCAGUGAGCUAACCAUCGAUAUGUUCCGCAUUCUCCAAGCUUUGGAGCGGGAACCAGUCAAUCUGGCUACAACGACAUCUAAAUAUGGAACAUUGGAACCCAGCGAGAAGCCAGCCAAGAGAGAGAACCCUCACAAGUACCUGCUGUACAAGCCAACGUUGAGCCAGCUCUUCACCUUUUUGUCUGCCUCCUUUAAGGAGUUGCCAGUGAACAGUGUGCUGCUCGUCUAUCUUUCAGCUACUGGAGUCUUCCCUACUGGAUGCUUGGAUUAUGAGGGACCAUAUGACUUUGGAGGAGUCCUCACCAACACGAACCGUGAUGUGGUAAACGGGGAAACGGUGCAGAAAAGGAACCAAGCCCAAAAAGAGAUGCACUGCCUUCACCCUGGGGACUUGUUCCCUUUCACCCGGAAGCCUCUCUUUGUCAUUGUGGACUCCUCCAACAGCACAGCCUAUAAGAAUUUCUCCAAUCUCUUUGGUCAGCCGCUGGUGUGUCUUCUAUCUCCCACAGUCUAUCCACAGAGCAUGCAGGACCAGUCCCAGCGCGGCAGCCUCUUCACACUCUUCCUGUACUGCCCCCUUCUGGCUUUCCUGUCCGUGUGUGGCCUGAGCAGCCUUCGCCAAGGAUUGUGGGAGAAGGCUGAGGAGUUUCUAUGCAAGGUGUUCCGUGACAUUGGCCAGAUGAUUACACGCUCACGAGCUAUAGACCAAGCAUUUUUACAGUUCUACGGUGACGAGUUCCUUCGAUUGUUACUGAUCCGCUUUGUGUUCUGCUCGGCUACACUGAGAAUGCACAAGCUCUUCCAGGAGUCCAGGAGCUUCCCAGAAUCGUACCCUCAGCUACCUAAACAGGACACGGUGGAGAGCAGCUUCCUGCGGAAGCACGUCCUGGAGCUGGCCGCCAUGUUGGAUGUGCAGCGCCUCUUUUGGGACGGAGCGCUGGACGUGAACUACUGACUUUUAGCUGACCACCACAACUUUACAAACACAGACCAACUACAGACACACAGACCACCACUAUACACACUCUCACAGGGGAGAGUCCUCAUCAUCUUUCAGAGGUAAUCAUGUUACUUGUUGAACACACUGCUAUAGUGUCUGUUUCUUUGGAACCCAAGACCCCCUUAUUUCCCCCACCUUAUGUAAAACAAUUUUUUAGCAUAUCAGCUAUAUUUAUUUUGAAUAGUCAUACAGCUACUUGUGGAAGUCAACAGUGCACCAUGCACAAUAAAAAACAUGAACAAGUCACCCAUCUACUUAAAUACACAUGAGAUGAGCAUGUUACUCAUAAAAACAAACUCAACUCAAAUGAACACGUGGUGUAGCUAUUUUAGAGGUCUGAGGGCAGCAGGAGGACACAUGAAGAUAUCAAGGGAUUUUAAACUUAAAAAGACGUAAAAUAGAUUAACGUAGUUUUACGACUGCACUGCCUGCAAUUGGUUCACUGCAAAUGGACUUCAAUGCAAGCUGUAGGGAAGUCUCCUCUUCUAUGUGUGGGUAGAUGUGUUGGCCAAGUUUACUGGCUGUAGGGUUUAGAGAGACCACUGGCAUGUUUUUGUUUACCGGACUAGAUUUGCUGUUUUUAACAUCUAAUUCAAACGUAAUUGCCUGUAAGUUGUUUUUUUUGUUUUGUUUCAGUAGUCCUUUCUGUAAAACUGAGGCCUGGAGGGGUCAACUAACAGAUGUCUAUGCAGACCCUAAUGAACAGUUUAGCCCUUUCUAGAAACCGCCCCUACUGCGUAGGCACUAGCUCUUACUCUCUAGGUACUAACAUAGGGUGGUGGGGCAGUCAGCGGCUCUGGGUCUGCAAACAUGUCAGCUCCUGUAGUGCAGUGACUGGGCAAGCGGGUGGUCACUAAUCUAUUUUCACUGUCUGUUACUCCUUGUAUCAGAGGAAGUUUUCGGACUGGGUUUAACAUGGGUAUAGGCUUAAGCACCCUGCAGGUACACAGCUACCCACCCUCACACAGGCUAAAUAGAAAAACCUUGCCCAAUCAUCUGCUUUUUCAAAGAAUUCACUUGAGGAACCAGGGUGGCUCUUUUCAAAGAUUUUCCUUUGGCCUUGAUUGGAUUUCAUAAGAUGUUGGCAGCAUAUCUUGUGAGACUCGAGCAUUGUAGGGUUGGAAGCGGCCUCUUUCUCUUUGCUGUAGCCUAUAUGUUUUGGGAAAUGCAUCUCAAUAGUCAUACGUAUUCUUUCCUUUACCUGCACUCUCCUGACCAGUUCUUUCAGACCAGUGGAAAUUAAGUAAAGUGGGGAUAUUCUAUUGAGAUUCACCGCUCCUGAUUCAAAAUCUGUUGGCUUCUGGGAAAUGUACGACUUUCAGAGGCCCUGUGUCAUUCUUCAUUCCUAAGCCCCCAUAAUGAUUAUUCCUUUAAGUGGAUUUCUGAAGCAUGAUGGUUUACUGGAGAGAUGAGACAUGCUGCUUUUUUCCCCCCUCUUUGGCUUCUCAGUAUUACUGUCCAUAGAGUUUACUCAGUCGAGUUCAUGUUAGCCUGAUGGCAGAUGAGUUCCAGCAUUAGCCGUGCAGUCUGUGCCCUGCAUGGCAUCAAGCAUAGUCUUGUUUCCUUAUAUUGAUGGGGGCUUGAAGCAAUGGAAACGGCUAGUGCUGAAACAGACCCCCAGGGCAAUCAGUUUUAAGUACGUGUGAUGAACAAAGAUGGCCAAACAGAUUCUGUUUUCGUAUUCACUGAGAUGUUUUAUUUAUUUCUGUGUAUAUUUAUGUAUAAUUGAAAAUAACAGUAUGUAAUAGAGAGAUGUUUGUCUUUUGUACAUAUGUCAUAUAGUGUAUUGUAUUACCUGUGAAAAAGAUAUCCUGUUAGCAUAGCAAUUUAAUGAAUGAACUGCACAUUCUCUAAUCCGGGCCCCCCAUUAGUUGUUUUGGUCAAGUUCAGCCAGCAUACAUUCCAAGGACAUGGGGAGAGCCAGGGGAAAACUGACAUUUCUUCCCAUUGUAGCAUUGACCGCAAAAGUGGAUCAUUUCAACAUGGGAAAUUAUAUUUUUGUUUAUUUGUUGACAUUUAUGAUGAUAUCAAUUGUAUCCUUGCACUUUACUGUAUUGAAUGAUGAUCUAAUCUCAUUUGCCGUGCUGUCGGUAAAAAAUACAUGCCAGACCAUCCAUUCCAUUGUUCCCUAUGCCAGGGGUUCCCAAACUUGUUUGGUCCGGGUCUUGUGAUAGCAAAUUCAUCAGGGACCCCUUCAAAAUCAGAACAUGACUCCGACUUUAGACUGCAUUUAAAAAUGGCAUACAAGGAGUUUUACUAUGACUUCUGCAGCAGAUGGCAGGACUAACCAAGUCUCGGGCCCUGGGAAAUUACAUUUGAGUCCACAUUUUGACCUUUUAAAUCUUAAUGACAGUGCAUACGUACAUUUUAUUUUGAAGCAUAGAGUUGAAAACUAGAUCAUUAAUGGAGUACUGUGGAUCCCUGUGAGCCCUGUUGUGCAUUUAAGGACUAGAUUCAAUCCGUAUUGCAGAAGAUUCAUAAUAAAAAUGGUGCCGA